CAUUUGUGAGACGGGAUGCUAACAGAUGUACUGCAUUUUUUGGCCAUUUAAAAAGCCUUUAAAAGAUUCGCAGAGCACUGAAGUGGUUUCACCUCCAUGUGUUAGUCGUUCAUUUGUAAUUUUUAUUCUUAUCAGCUGACUGUAAGCUGCGGACAGGCCAGUUAAACAGCAAAAUGCAGUCUGUGAAGGUCGGCUGUUUGGCUUUGGUUGCGUCGAGAGCUCUCUGCUCAAGUAGGAUUUACCCUCCUCAGCUUGUUAAACUAUUGGCGGCUCGCUGUUGUGUUAAUUAUUCUAUCAGCCAGACUCGUUUAUGUCAGACUGAGACCACGGUUAUUCGUGUUCCCCGCUACAUGCAGAAACAAGUGGAAAACGUGAAGCAGACUCGAGGCAAAAACAAGAUCAAUACCAUCAGAGCUGGCAAGCUCCUGAUCCAGAGCAAGAACCCUGUUCUGAACCAGUCUACGGGCUACAUGCUUGGAAAGUUCGAGCAGCCCAGUCUCUGUUCGAAAGGAUGGAAAAAUAACAAAUCGUUUGGUGACUAUUUCACCAUCAACAACAUCAAGACUGUGGCACCCUAUGUGACCAACAACCAGAAAGAGGAUGUUGAACAGAAAACAUCAGUGACUUUUAGUAACCUCCAUAUUUGCAAGGAGCUGGUGGAAACUUUGGACAGAAUCAACAUUAUCCAUCCCACCACUGUACAGCUGCAGACCAUCCCAAAGGUCAUGAAAGGUCACAAUAUUCUUUGUGCUGCAGAGACAGGCAGCGGGAAAACUCUGAGUUACCUCCUGCCUAUUGUUCACGGUCUGCAGGCAGAUAAGGAAUCACAGAUGUAUGCUAGGAGCUCAAACAAAAUUCGCGCCUUGGUACUUGUGCCUUCCAGAGAGCUAGCUGAGCAAGUGGCUGCCGUGUCUCGGACUCUGUGUGCUCCAUUUGGCUUGCUGACAAGGACUGUGGGUGGUGGGCGAGGUGUAGGACACGUCAAGAUGGUCUUCAAGAGGAAUCAUCCUGAUAUUUUAGUGGCUACACCAGGUGCUCUUGUCAAGGCCCUGCGGAGACGCUGCCUGGACUUGGGUGAGCUGAGCUUCUUUGUUGUAGACGAGGCUGACACUAUGUUUGACCCCAGCUUUUCUGACAUGCUGGAGAGCAUCCUGCUCCACACAAACAUUGCUAGUAAUCCCAAGCAAACACAGGGCCAUGGCCGUAAAGCCCAGUUGCUAGUGGUGGGGGCCACCUUCCCUGGUGGUGUUGGGGAAGUGCUCAGCCAGGUGACAGACCUUGGCAGCAUGGUGGUCAUCAAGAGUAAGAUGCUGCACUUCCUCAUGCCACAUGUCAAACAGACCUUCCUGAAGGUAAAGGGUGCUGACAAAAUCCUGGAGCUUCACCAAGCCCUGAACCUGCUCCAACAUGAAAAAGGAGGGGGUGCCGCUCUGGUGUUCUGCAACAAGUCUGCCACCGUCAACUGGUUGGGGUACUCGCUGGAAGAGAUGGGGGUUCGGCAUGCACGUCUGCAAGGGGAGAUGCCUGCUACUGUGCGUACAGGAAUCUUCCGCUCCUUCCAAAACGGCAUGGUGGAUGUGCUGAUUUGCACAGAUAUCGCCUCUCGUGGCCUGGACACAUCUCGUGUGCGCUUGGUAGUUAACUAUGACUUCCCAGAAUCUCACACGGACUACAUCCACAGGGCAGGGAGAGUGGGGAGAGCAGGAGGGGUGGAGGAUGGGGAGGUGCUCAGCUUGGUCACUCAUCCCUGGGAUGUGGAGCUGGUGCAGAAGAUUGAGACUGCUGCACGAAGGAGGACCAGUUUGCCAGGGAUGGAAUCUGAUAUACAUGAACCAAAACCCAAAGUAGUAGAGGCACAGGAGUAGAAGAUGUGUCUAGGAUGUGUAUAAGUGGAAAACUUGCCUGUGAAAUUUGUUUGUGUGUAAUGUGGUGACCCACUCUGAAUGUACAAAAUUGGUAAGAUUUUCAACAGAAAUGGUAAACAAGAUAUGCAGUGAUUGCUGAAAGCAAUGUGACAUAAUGUAA